AUGUCGCGGCAGCAGCGGCAGCAGCCGGUGGCCGCGGCGUUCGCGGCCUCCCUCCGGAUCCGGAAGCGGCGCCUGGAGGAGGAGGAGAAGGAGAAGGAGGCGGAGGGGAGGCGGCGCCGUCCGGGGGUCUGGCCGGCGCCGGAGAACGAGACGCUGCGGCUGCGCUCGCUGGUGUACCGCCUGAACUUCGACCAGCCGGUGCGGCAGGAGGCGCUGUGGACGGAGGCGGCGUCGGCGGGGCCGGAGGAGGCGUCGGUGGCGGUGGUGGUGCAGGUGCACGAGCGGGCGGAGCACCUGGGCCUGCUGCUGGCCUCGCUGCGGCGGGCGCCGGGGGCGGAGAAGGUGCUGCUGGUGCUGAGCCACGACGUCUGGUCGGCCGAGCUGAACGCGCUGGCGGCGGGCGUGGACUUCUGCGCCGUCCUCCAGGUCUUCUUCCCCUUCAGCCGCCAGCUCUACCCGGCCGAGUUCCCGGGCAGCGACCCGCGCGACUGCCCGCGCGACCUGGGCCGGGCGGCGGCCCUGCGGCGCGGCUGCCUCAACGCGCGCUACCCGGACGCCUUCGGCCACUACCGCGAGGCCGCCUUCGCCCAGGCCAAGCACCACUGGUGGUGGAAGCUGCACUUCGUCUGGGAGCGGGUGCGCGCCCUCCGCCGCCGCCCGCCCGCCCUCCUCCUCCUCCUCGAGGAGGACCACUACCUGGCCCCCGACUUCUACGCCGCCCUCCAGGCCCUCUGGCGCCUCCGCGCCCGCGCCUGCCCCGACUGCCAGCUCCUCUCGCUCGGCUCCUACGCCGCCCUCCGCGGGGGGUUCGCCGGCCGCGCCGACCGGGCCGAGCUGAAGGCCUGGAAGUCCACCGAGCACAACAUGGGCAUGGCCUUCGGGCGCGACGCCUACGAGGAGCUCCUCGCCUGCGCCGACGCCUUCUGCACCUACGACGACUACAACUGGGACUGGACCCUCCAGCACCUCACCGUCCGCUGCCUGCCCCGCUUCUGGAAGGUCCUCGUCCCCGAGGUCCCGCGCGUCUUCCACACCGGCGACUGCGGCAUGCACCACCGCGGACGGGCCUGCCGCCCCGCCGCCCGCGCCGCCCAGCUCGACGCCCUCCUCGACGCCAACCGGCGGCACCUCUUCCCCGCCCAGAUGAGCCUCGGCAAGCGCUACGCCCUCGCCCCCGUCAGCCCCCACGUCAAGAACGGCGGCUGGGGCGACAUCCGCGACCACGAGCUCUGCAAGAGCUACCGACGCCUCCAGUGAGGACUGCUGCUGCUGCUGCUGCGAAAAGAAUGGGGUGUCCAGCCAGGCCUUUUGAAAAAGAAACCAAGUGCUUCUGAGACUUUCAAACUACCCCCCUUAAAAGAUACAUAUAUAUAUAUAUAUUCCUUUUUUAAAAAAAACAAAAAAGUGAGACUUUUGAUAAAGGACAGAUGUGGCAGAUGUCCAGAGAUGACUGGGGCCCCCACCACCACCUCCACCCCAAACUUCAGUUUGCAAACGACAGCCCUCGAUCGAUCGGCCCGCUUUUUGCUUCCCUUGAUCGACUUUGAAUAAUCGGGACCCCCUCCGGAUCGUUCGGUAUUUCCACAAUCUUGUACAGGCUUGCUUGGGAUUUGGUACCUUAAGUAUCUGCAGAAAGCAUUCUGUUUUAUUGGCUAUGUGCUUCUAUGGGAAGAGGAGGAGGAGGAAAUCGGUUUCACUUUAAUGUAGAGUGAUGCAAUUUUUUGUUUUUCGUUUCUGCCAAAAUAAAUCCUUUUUUUUUUUUUUGUAAUACAGGUCUUUUAAUGGCUUCGAGGGGGAAAUCUGCCUUAUU